AGAGAAUACUAGAUAUUUAUAGCAAUAGACUAUGAAUUCAAGAACGGAAUGAUGGUGACAUUCCUGAAUAAUUGAAGUAGAAGGGUCCAUGUUCCAAAUCGUUGGCUUGUAGCUGCAAGAAAUGAUGAUAUAUUAGUAUAAUCCAAUGGAAUCAAACUGUUGACCUAUUGUUAAGUGAAUGUUAGCAGAUAAUCAAGAUUCAGAUUAGCAGACUAGUUAGUCAUGGGAGAAGAAAACAAUGAAGAGACCCAUCUUUUAUUGCCCAACUCAACUAAGCUCCCCUCUUCUUCAAUCUCAUCUCUUCAUCCUGAACGCACUGGGAACAUAUGGACUGCUGUGGCACAUAUAAUAACAGGGGUGAUAGGGUCUGGAGUGCUAUCUCUGGCCUGGAGUAUGGCGCAGCUUGGCUGGAUUGCGGGUCCUUUAUUCAUGCUUUCCUUUGCACUCAUGUCUCUUGUUUCUGUUUUUCUUUUAUGUGAAUGCUAUCGAUCUCCUGACCCUGAUUUCGGACCCUCCAGAAAUGGUACUUAUGUUGAUGCUGUUAAGGCCAUCUUAGGGAAUUGGAGUUUCCGCUUAUGUGAUGUACUUUAUAGAUUGAAUCUGUUCAAGACUGCAGUUGUCUAUAUCAUUACCUCUGGAAUUAGCAUGAGAGCGAUUCAGCAAUCAAACUGUUAUCACAAGGAAGGACACGAGGCUUCUUGUCAAUAUAAAGAUACUUCUUAUAUGCUCCUAUUUGGAAUUGUUCAAAUUUUUGUCUCUCAAAUACCUGAUUUUAGUAAUACAAAGUGGCUGUCUGUUGUUGCUGCUAUCAUGUCCUUCACGUAUUCUGGUAUUGGAUCUGCACUUGGCUUGGCCAAAGUACUAGGAGAUGGACAAAUCAAAGGGAGCAUUCGAGGAGUUCCAGCUGCUACUACAGCUCAGAAAGUAUGGUCAAGCUGUCAAGCAAUUGGAGACAUGGCUUUUGGCUUCAGUUACUCUUUAAUUCUUCUCAACAUACAGGAUACCUUGAGAUCUCCUCCACAAGAAAAGGUCACCGUGAAGAAGGCAUCUGUAAUUUCAACCAGCAUUACCACUUUCUUUUACCUAUGCUGUGGAUGCUUUGGCUAUGCAGCUCUUGGGGAUUCCACUCCAGGGAACAUCCUCACAGGUUUUGGAUUCUAUGAACCAUACUGGCUUAUUGACUUUGCUAAUGCUUGCAUUGUCCUCCAUUUAGUUGGAGGAUAUCAGGUAUUUUGUCAGCCACAGUUUACACUUGCAGAAAGACCGUUAGCUGAGAAGUUCCCAGACAGUGUAUUUGUAUGUAAAAACUUUCCUGUAAAACUUCCAUGGUUGCCAUCAUUUAGUCUAAACCUUCUCAGAUUGUGCUUCCGAACAGCUUAUGUUGCGUUAACUAUUACAAUUGGAAUGAUCUUCCCUUACUUCAACCAAGUUAUUGCAGUAGCAGGAGCUCUCACUUAUUGGCCUUUGGUGAUACAUUUCCCUUUGGAAAUGUACUUGGUGCAGAAAAACAUUAGACCUUAUACAGGGAAGUGGAUCGCUCUUCGUGUCUAUAGCACCAUUGCCUUGAUUGUGGCAAUGUUUGCCUUGGUUGGCUCCGUAGAGGGACUUAUAAGCGCAAAAUUUGGCAGUGGCUAACUCAAAAUCUUUAAGAAUAUUGAAAUUAUGUAUAAAGCUGUACAUUGCCUGAUAAAAUUGUUUGCAGAUGAUGAAGAAAACGUCACAGUUCAAUUUUUUCACAA